AUGGCCGUCCGAGAAGCUUCUCAUGCCGGCUCAUGGUACUCUGCCAACGGGCGCCAACUUGCGGCUCAACUGGAUCAAUGGCUAGCCGCUGUCCCCGAGAAAGAUGUCCUACCCGGUGUUGACAGCCUGCCGUUACCAGACGCUCGAGUAGUCAUCUCACCGCACGCCGGGUAUGCGUAUUCUGGUCCCUGCGCAGCAUGGGCCUACAAGUGCCUGGAUCUCUCCAAGGCAAAGCGUAUAUUCAUCCUCCAUCCUUCUCACCACCAUCACUUGAGUACUGCUGCCCUCCCCGUCGUCGAUGCCUACGAGACACCCCUGUCAAAGGACCCUCUCCCUCUUGACCAUGAAACCAUCAAGCAGCUAUACCCGCUCUCCACGACCGUCCAAGGUCGGACCGUCAAGUUUACAACCAUGUCGCAGUCGGUAGAUGAGGCCGAGCACAGUGCCGAAAUGCAACUGCCCUACAUCCACCGUCUCCUGCAGAAACUAUACCCCGGCCAGCCCGAGUCAUCAUACCCGCCUCUCGUCCCCAUCAUGGUCGGCGGCACGAACCCUGCGACCGAAGCUGCAUUGGGCAAGAUGCUGGCUCCUUACAUCGCCGACGAGACCAACGCGUUCGUCAUAUCUUCCGAUUUCUGCCACUGGGGGAGCAGAUUCGGCUAUACCUAUUACCUACCAGAUGCCCCGUCUCCGGCCAUGUCUCCGCUGAUGCUGCCCAACGGGGUGCGGGGACAGUUCACAACUGCAAAAGAGUCGGUCAAUGAAGAUGUCCAUAAAAUGCCCACGCUGGGUCAAGGUCAGGAUCUCAGCUCGAGAAGUCAAAUACCGAGAAGCGGACCUCAGAUAUUCGAGAGCAUUGCACACGCGGACAGGGCGUGUAUGUGUGCCAUCGCCACGGGUCAACAUUCCGAGUUUCUCCGCGUGCUCAAAGACACUGGGAACACCGUGUGUGGUCGACAUCCGAUCGGGGUAUUUAUGGCCGGCGUGGAAGAAGUAGAGCGUUUGGAAAGGGAGCGAGGUCAUGACGCGGGUGACCGCAGACGGUUCAAGUUCAUGCGGUAUGAGAGGAGUAGUGACGCGGAGAGCGUGAGAGAUAGCAGCGUCAGCUAUGUCUCUGCAUUUGCCGUGCUAUGA